GUGUCAAGAAUAUUUUAUUUUAUCAAAUAACCAAUAAAAACGUAGAAAUAAACAAAAGUUCUCGCAACUGUUGAAAAAGCAAACGUGACAAAUAAUUUGGGACGGAGGGAGUACAAAGUUCAAGGGGAAACAUGAACAAUAUUUUUUCCCGCCCAUUGACUUGUGCAAUAAACACCGUUGAUUUCAUUGGGAUUAGAUGGACGGUUUACACUUGCGCAUGGGAAAGGGUGCAUCCAUUUAUUGAAGUCAUCUACUUUAAUAUUGGAAUUGGGAAGUUCACCAGUUCUUACUUUUCCCCUAGCAGCAUUGGAAACUCCAAAAAGCAUAGAAAUCUUCACGCAGGCUUUGCAAGAGUACCGGUGGCUGAGGAUGCUGCUGAUCGAAGAUGGGAAGAAGCACGAUCGUUCUGUCUCCUAGCGUCUCAAGCAUCUACAACUUUUGUUCCUCAUGGCCUCCCCAGAGAUUCAUUUUCUUCGCCGGACCACAUCGGGGUAGAGACCAGACUAAGGACUCGCCGGACUAUGGUCGUUCGCCCUAAGGGACCUCCUCCUUCAUGCUCCGUCACUGAGAAGAUUGUUGGAUUUGACUUCAGUCUUCUCCAAUCUCCCGUUCAGGUUCUUUCACCUUGGGGUACAAGUAUAAUUGUUCUUCCUCAUCAUUGAUUAAUUUUAAUUUUAGCAUCACUCUAUUCUUUUCUAGCCGAAGGUAUUACUUUUCAACCCUUUUGUGAGGUGUCUAAGAGAUCUAGAGGCCAUGAAAACUGUAAUCC